CCUGUUUCUGGCGCCACACUCAUUGAAUAGCGUCCGCGGCCGCGUCGCAACGACCGAAGACAUCGAUUGGAAGCCGGCAGCCGUCGGCCGGAUCACUUCCUCGCGCCGGGGCAGCGAUCGCUUCGUGCGAGAGCACAUGCAACAUUAAGCUUCAGAGAGGCCGCAGAAUGACGCGCACGUGCCGCGGCGACCGCAGCGGAUCACGCCGUCGACGCGCACGAGAGAAGCCUAGCAUCUCGCCUCUACGCGCGGAGCAUCACGUUUCACCGAUUCGCGCAGGCACCCUCCCACCAUGGCGCCGCCGCUCCACGUCAAGGCCGUCGCCGGCCUCGUGAACGGCUUCGUGCUCAUCGCUGGUAUCAGAAAUGUGGCCGCGCCCGGCUAUCCGUUACCAAUUAUCCCGGAAGACUCGGCCUUCCAGGACCACUUCCACGACGGCUCGCGGAAGGUCGAGUUCCUCUUCCAGAUGUUAGGUGUGUGCUUCUGCGCCAUGGCUUUCAAUAAACUGGUCGCCGUCUUCACCACCCCCGAGUCGACGUUCUUAAGGCAGAAGCUCUUCUUCACGUAUGGAUUGUGCGACCUGGCCAUGGCCGUCGUCGUCUUCCAGUACAAGGGUCUACCCAUGAGCGUCACGGGCGGCUUCGCGGCGAUGCACGCCGUUGAAGGUGCCGCGUUUUUGCAUGAUGCUCUCAUGCGGAAGCGGGCCGUGAAGAAGGCGGCGGGCAAGAAGAAGUAGGUCAUCCCCGGCAUGGGCGCCGUUGUAAGCUCUCAACUAUUC